AUGCCUUCCCGAAGUGACUUUGUGGCUUGCCAAGCGGGGGUCUCACCUCCGUUGAGCUACCAGGAAGAGUGUCUUGGUUUGGCAGUGCUCGACCUAUGCCGACUGGCAAAGGAACGCAACCAGAGCGUAAGGGAGGUCUGCAAGACAGUCAGUUACAAGUCAUGCCUUCCCGAGACACAUCGGCAGGAGAUCCAGCAACUGAGCCGACUGGCGCGUUACAGAAUUCGCAACACUCUGAAACGGUUCCUGAAGAAGCUGGGCUGCUGCUUGGUGGGAGAACUCAGCCUGAAGCUGAAGUACCUGAUGGAGCUGGCAGGGGUGGAGCCUUCCCACGGCACUGAGACCUUUCAGGUGAACCACCCCGGCUCCCAGCUGCAGCAGAAGGAACCGACAUUCAGCCUUCUGCGGGUUGCCGGGGAGAGCGGCAUACAGAUCAAUGGAUGUCACUGCCCUGCCGAUGUCCUGGAGUGGCAGACGUUCUGUGACUUCCCAGAGAUCAUCGAUAUCAGCAUCAAGAGGGCGUGCCAUGAGCAGGUUCCCCAGGACAGCAGGGUGGUUACUGUUACCCGGCAGGACGACAGAUGCCUGGAAGAGAAGAACAUUAUUCACGGAAAUAUUUGUGCCAAAAAUCUGCUCCUGGCCAGAGAGGGAGACGCAUCCCAAGGUAGCUCUCCUUUCAUCAAGCUGAGUGACCCGGGCAUCAACGUGGCAAUGUUGGGCAGAGAUGUAGUGCUAGACAGGAUUCCAUGGGUAGCUCCAGAAGUGCUGGAGGCUCCAGAGAGGCUAGAGCUGGAGUGUGAUAAGUGGAGCUUUGGUGCCACGCUAUGGGAGAUAUUCAAUGGAGGAAAGGCACCACUACAGGGCCUGGACCUAGAAAGGAAGCUGCAGUUUUACGAGACCUACAAGCAGUUGCCCUCCUCAGAGUGGACAGAACUGGCAGAUCUCAUCAGCCAGUGUAUGAACUACAAGCCUGCAUUCAGGCCCUCCUGCCGGAGCAUCAUUCGUCAACUGAACAGUCUGAUAACGUCAGAUUACGUGAUACUCCACGCUGCAGAGGCUCUCCCUGAUGGCGACAGCUUCUGGAGAGCAUUAAGCCCCUCCCACCCGCAAGACCAAUCAGUGUAUGAGGAGAGACACCUGCGCUACAUCUCUCCUCUGGGGAAGGGGAACUUUGGCAGUGUUGAGCUGUGCCGAUAUGAUCCUCUGGGGGACAACACAGGCGAGCUGAUUGCUGUGAAGAAGCUACAGCCCAACAAGCAGUCAAACCUGGACGAUUUUCAAAAGGAGAUCAACACCAUUCGCUCCCUGCAUUGUGACUACAUCGUCAAAUACAGGGGUGUCUGCUACAGCAUGGGUCGCCUAAGCAUGAGCCUGGUGAUGGAGUAUUUGCCCUAUGGCAGUCUGAUUGGAUACCUGGAGAAGAACCGGCAGCACGUCAACAGCAGGCGGAUGUUGCUCUUUGCCUCUCAAAUCUGUAAAGGAUUGGAGUACUUGCAGAGCAUGCGUUACGUACACCGGGAUCUAGCUGCGAGGAACAUUCUGGUUGCAAGUGACACACUGGUCAAAAUAGCUGAUUUUGGCUUGACCAAGAUCAUUCCCUUUGACAAGGAGUACUACAGAGUAACACAUCCUGGAGAAAGCCCAAUUUUCUGGUAUGCCCCAGAAUCCAUCACAGAGUCCAAAUUCUCCCACAAGUCAGAUGUCUGGAGUUUUGGAGUCGUCCUUCAUGAGCUCUUCUCCUAUUGUGAGCACAACAGCAACCCAAAGAGGUUAUACAUGCAGGAGAUUGGCAAUGACAUGCAGGGUCCCUCCAUUUCAAUGCAUCUGGUUGAUAUCCUGAAGGACAACUGGAGAUUGCCUGCCCCACCAUACUGCCUUUCCAGGGUUUAUAGUAUGAUGAUGAGGUGCUGGGCAUACUGCGCUGAGGAACGGCCAACUUUCUCCACCCUUGGAGAUCAGAUUGAGACCAGCAUCCAGGAUGAGAGAGAAGGUUCAAAAGGAUGAAAACAACUGAGGUCAACCCUAUUAGACAACGGAGGGUUCGACGAAAGAAACCUUUUGAGAAUCAAUCAUGAUGUAAUUUGAGUGCCUAAGCACACAAAGGCCCUCAAAUAGACAAUCCUCAACCUUAUAAAAGCUUGUCAUCUUCAGUUUUACUUUUUUAAACAUUACGCCCAGGUCUCUUUUCCAAGUGGGAGCUGCAUACAACAUACGGUCAUACAAAAUCCCUACAUACAAAAUACAUACAGUACCAGUCAAAGGUUUG